AUGAAGACACCUGAUAAAGAUCCAGCCCGAGCUCAGCUGUUGCCCACAUGGGAACCAGGCCUUGUGGAAUCCCACAAUGAAGGCCUGUGUGCUAACCAUGGUGUGCUGACCGUGGUGGGCUUUGCAGUGGGCAAAGUUGCUGAUAUUCGUACCCGCCACUGCUGGUGCCUCUUGGAAGACCCUUCCAUGGGCUUCAUUUCUGCAGAAAAGUGCACCGUCAGCAGUUCAUCCCCUCGUGUGGUUAUCACGGUCUACCACAGUGUUCAGAUUCACUUCCAUGUAGGAAGCUGUGGACAGUACAAUUCCUACUGCUGUAAAGAAAAGCACAAAUCUCCUGUCUCCCAGUACUGGUGUAAGGCUGACUGAUGUCAGGACGAUUACUGCAACUCUUGGUCCAGUGCCCAGCUCCAGAGUCCGCCUGGGCCCCCAAGAAGACGUCUGGCCUUGCCCCUGUCUGAGUCCCAGAUAUACCAGUUCUACCAGGCCCUGGCAGCCCUGGAGCUGGGUGUGUCCAUGGCUGACCUGCGUCUCAUACACUUGUCCCCAGCUUAGGACUUGUGCUUCCUCCCCAGACUAGACCCUGGCCCGCUCCCCUUCCCAGAUACUGCUCUGCGGCCCUUGAGCACUCUGGGUCCUUGGGUGCCAGUGCUGGCUUGUCUCCCUCCUGUUGCAGAGCCUUAGGUAUGGCUUCUGCCCGUGAAUGUCCCUGUCCUCAC